CACCUAAUAAAGAGUCGGAAUGAGCUUUACAGGCGUUCGAUCGGAUUCGAAGAAAAAAAUUUGGAAUGAUCAAAAGGCGAGCGAAUGUGGAUGUCUAAAUGAAGAAACUAACCGAACAUGGUGUUAUGUAAGCGGUGUUAUGUAAGCAAAUAAAAAAAUUUUCAGAAUUUGCCAUUAUAUAAAUACAUAAGGCGCAGUUUCGUUUCAUUACCUUUAUCAAAAACCUCAUUUGGUAUUUGGUAUAUUAAAUUGAUAAAUUGAUAAAUUUGCAAUAACUCGACAUCAAACUUUUGUCAUAAUGCCAUUGCAAUACGUUGUUAACGAUGCUAAGAGCGGUUUUGAUCAACUAAAGGUUCAAGAAGCCAAGCCCGUACAGACUCUCAAGCCUAACGAGGUACAAGUAAACUUGAAGGCUGCCUCCCUCAACUACAGAGACUUGGUUAUCACCAAGGGACUGUACCCUCUUCCUUUGGAGUUCCCCAUGGUCCCAGGUUCUGAUGGCGUUGGUAUUGUUGAAAAAGUUGGUGAAGACGUUAAGGGAUUCAAGCCUGGUGACAAGGUCAUUGGAUGCUUUUUCACUGAUUAUAUUGAUGGAAAACCCACAGAGCAUGCUUUAUAUGGAGCAUUAGGUGGUACAUAUGACGGUAUCUUCCGCCAAGUCGGUGUUUUUCCCGCUCAAGGAUUGGUUCACGCUCCCAAGAACUUGAGCGAUGAAGAAGCAUCCACUUUACCUUGUGCCGCCUUGACUGCAUGGAACGCUCUCUUUGGAGCCAAGGAACAACAAUUGAAGCCCGGUCAAAACGUCUUAAUCCAAGGCACUGGUGGUGUUUCCAUCUUUGCUCUUCAGUUCGCCGUGGCCACCGGUGCUCGCGCCACCGUCCUUUCUUCUUCCGACGAGAAGUUGCAAUUUGCCAAGAAGUUGGGUGCUACUCACUUAAUCAACUACAAACAAACCCCCGAAUGGGCCAAGCCCGCUUUAGAAGCUACCAACGGUGUUGGUUAUCAUCACGUCGUUGAAGUCGGUGGUGAAAAGACCUUGGGUCAAUCUUUAGAAGUCUUGACUCAAGCUGGAAUGAUUAGCAGCAUUGGUUUUGUUGCUCAAGAUGGUCCUAGUCCAAACAUCACUGCUUUGAUUGGCAGCAUGCUCCAGAAGAAUGCCACUAUUCGUGGUAUCUUCGUUGGCCAUGCUAACAUGUUCAAAGAGAUGAAUGCUUGUAUUGAAGCCAACGAUAUUCAUCCCGUCGUUGACAAGGUGUUCCCCUUUGACCAACUGAAGGAAGCCUAUUACUACCAAUGGAGCCAAAAGCACGUUGGUAAGGUUGUCCUCAAGAUUGAUGCUUAAAUGUAAAAAGUGUAUGUAAUAGAACGAAUGGACGAAGGUGCCUUACCUCUAUUGUUUGUCUAUUCGACUUCCUUCCUUUAUUUAUUAAAACUGAGGGAUGAUCUAAAGUAAUGAUAUGGUUUGUUAAGUCUUUUUUUUCCUCUUCUUCUUUUCUACUAGAGAUGAAUAAAAUUUAUUCAACAAUAUAAAGAUCCUCGUUCAUGAAAGAAACCAAUCCAAUACUUUAUCAUGUAGUUUUAGUUUAGCAUAAAUG